CUAAAUGGCUAUGUUUGAUAUAAUUCUUUUAGUUAUUUCAAACAUUAUUAACUAAAAUAGAUCACUUAUAUAAGUUUUGAUGCCUAGCCAAAUUUCAUAAAAAGCUAUAUAACCCGUGAAAACCGGCUUCAGUUAAUUAAAGAAAUCAUUUCUUGCGGCACAAAACACGCGCGCACAGUUGAGACAACGAUUUUUUUUUUUUUUUUUUUAGAUGGCGAAAUCUUAUUUGAUCUUCCUCUCAUUCCUCAGGAAAGACUAUCCGAUUCCCUUUUGAUACUUAAAGAAACUAGAGUGAACUAAGCCCCCUGGUUACACAGAAUUAUGAACGAUUAUUACGAAAUCAUCAGAGAAAAAAAAGGGAACGCAUCAUCGUACGAUAAUAUAAGUUCACGGACCUCGCUGCCUGGCGUAGUGACCCGGCUGCAGUAACGUGAGAGUCGUAUAGUGAACUCCGUCGGUUUAAGGGAUAUCGUACAGCAAAACUGGAGUCUUAUACAGUCAUACGACAUUUUUUUCUCUUUUUCUUGCUUGCCAUAAUCUCGCCACAGGUGUUACCCAGAAGACAUCAAGAGCGUGUAAGGAAACAGAUAAGGGGAGGACCAAAGUACCAGACACGUCGUUAACAGAUCACUGAGAAAAAUAAAAGAAGAAAGGGAGGAGUGAGAGAGAGAAAAAAAAGAGGAGAGGAAGCAUAUGGUGAAAAGUAGUUGAAUAGAAGACAAAAAGAAACAGAAAAAGAGGAUCCAAAAAUAUAUGAAUCGGGAAAAGAAAGUCAAGAAGAAGAAGAAGAUAUAAGUGAAACAGAAGAAAUACUGAGCAAAGGGAAGAAUUAGUGCAAGGAAAUGAUGGACUGGCUAAUCAUCUGCGUCGAUUAUCCCAGAACAACUUUGGGGUUAGCUGCAUUCGUGACAUAUAUUGUGUAUUACUUCGCCAAGGCUGUCAAGCGCCCCCUGUUUGCCUGCAGGAACAGUGCUUGGAGAAUGUUCCUGGAGGAAAAUCUAACCGUCCUUCAGGAGAAGUACUGGCCGACGGUGUGGUGCAUAGAGACGCACCUACAGACUUUCUUCGCUUCUGUUACGCGAGCAUUUCUUCCUAAUAGAGAUUACAAAAGGGAGGUCCUCCGGUUAAAGGACGGCGGGGAAGUGGCCCUGGACUGGCUCGAAGCGAAUGAACGAAAGGACAACCCAGUCGCUGUUGUUUUGCCUGGCCUCACGGGAGCCUCUGACAGCGUGUAUGUGAUUGGGAUGGUAAUGUCGCUGCACAAGAUGGGCAUUUCCUGCGCCGUCCUCAAUAGCAGGGGCACAGGAGGGAUGGAGCUCAAGACAACCAGGACGUACUGCGCUGCCAACAGUGAUGACCUGGAGGAGGCCUUAGACCACGUGGCCAACACUCGACCCGGGGCCCCUGUCAUCGCUGUCGGCAUUUCUCUCGGCGGCCUCAUCAUCGGGCACUACCUGACGACGCGGAAGGAGGCGGCGACGAAGAGGCUAGUGGCGGCGGCGGUGCAGUCAGUGCCAUGGAACCUGGUGGAGGGCAUCAGGCACAUCGAGCGGCCAGGACUCAGCCUCCUGUUCAACCAAUACCUGGCCUACUGCCUCAAGGGACUGGUUAAGAUCCACAGGUACCAGCUGGAGGGAGACCAUCCAUGGGACUUCGAGGAGGUGAUGAAGAGUAAAACGGUUCGCCAGUUCGAUACGCGGUUCACGGCUAAGCAGUUCGGGUUCGAUGACGCUGAACACUACUACAAGGCGUCCACUCUUUACCACAAGCUGGACCACAUCAAGGUGCCUUUCAUCUGCCUCAACAGCGGGGAUGACCUUUUCCAGCCGCUGAAUGCUAACCCUUUCGGAGCCGCCAGCAGAUCGAGCCACGUGGCGCUCGUAGUAACGGUAAGAGGCGGCCAUAUUGGAUUCAUGGAGGGACUGUGGCCCGCGCAAUCCUAUUACAGUGAACGUCUCUUUACUCAGCUGAUAGUGAGCAUAUUCUCCAACCUCGAGACUAUGAAGGACAUUCAGAAGGAGGCGGAUGACUAUGCGAAAGCUACUGAAGUUGCUUGUGGUACAACGUAGGAGACAAACGAGCAUUUCUUCUUUUUUUGGGUAAAUACUUUGUCUGAUAGACUGACCUGUAAAAAUCAUGAAGCUGAACCCUGCCGGAACUACCUCAGUGCCUAAUGACCGAAAUUAAUAUUUGUUUCUGUUCCCUUUUUAAAGCGUGGGAGGUCUCACAGAAGAAUAUCAGAUGUAUGAAUAAAUAUUUUGCAUUGGUUA